UAUCAUAUCGCCGAAAGCUAUAUGUAGUUCAUUCGUGUCCAGUACACGCGUCGACAUAGAUCAAACCCAAGAGAACGCUUCGCAACAACGCGGUGCUCCGCAUCCUCCACCCCAGGCGACGGCACAGACGCACAGCGGACGUAGGGCGGGAGGUUGAUAUAGAGACCUAAUAGAUUUAUGGAUUAUAGUAAACCAACAAGUUCUGAAGUUGAGAAAGAGAAUCAACAUGAGGUGGAAAUUAAAGGUUCAACAGAGGACAGUAAGAACAUCGAUGACUAUCACAUGGAGGGUAACAAUGGGACAGUCGUAGAACAAAAGAACAAUGAUGAUACUGGUGUAGCAUAUACUGAUGUUGCGAUAUCAGCAGACGAUGUUAUACGAGCUGGAGGUCUUGGAGCUAGAGAUGAUAUAAGCAGCUUUCUUCCAGUUGCAAUUGAUUCAACUGAUUUCGAGGCUUCACUUCGUGAUGCGCGUGAUUUUGAAGAACCACAAGGAGAGAUGCCUAGGCCAGGCCUUGGUUGGACCGAAUCAAUUGAUGAAAAGUAGCAUCAAUCAACCUUCUGAACGUUGAUGCUUAGUGUUGCACAUUCAGAUUGUGAUCUUUGUGACCAGACCAUUCAGUUUUAGGACUUCUAUAACCUAUUUCAGUGCUUUUGUAAGCAUAUCCAGGCAGGCAAGUCAGCCCUAUGCCACUUCUUUGUGUUGCUAGUAAUAUUUGCAGGAUCCAAUUUGUUUUGAGUA